CGUAAGCUCGUUUGAAAUGUGGAUACUCUCUCAACUCUAUCUUGAAAGAGUAGGUACCUUCAAAUUGGAUUGCUUGUAAUGAUUUUAUACCAAUUUGAUAGUACUGCCCAAAAAAAGUGACAUAAUACUCAUUAUAUCAAGGUGAAAAGAAGCAACAACUUUCAUAAAUGCUGCCAAAGAUGACAUUUCGUGAAAAAUUAGACAACUUGAGAAACGGACAUAAAUAGACUUCUCCAAUCAAGCCAUAUAAUGUGUUCCAAUGGAAUUGAAUUUGGAAAUUUAUAUUUUUAGGCAUGAUGGCAACUGAUGGAAAACUUGUAACUAUUCUCAGCAUUGAUGGUGGUGGAGUAAGAGGCAUCAUUCCUGGGAUAAUUUUAAACUUUCUGGAAACCCAACUUCAAAAACUAGAUGGCGAAGAUGCAAGGAUUGCAGACUACUUUGAUUUUAUUGCUGGAACAAGCACAGGAGGCCUAGUAACUGCAAUGCUUACCAUGCCGAAUGAAAGAAACCGUCCUAUGUUUGCUGCAGAGGAGAUCAAGAACUUUUACUUACAAGAGAGUGAGCUGAUCUUUCCUCAAGGAUCCGAAGAGGGAAAAAAAAGUAUCCUCAUGUCUAAACCCCACUGCUAUGACAACAUAGCGAAUUGGGUCGAAUCAAUAUGGAGUUCCUAUGGUGUUCCAGCAUACCAAACGAUGGAAGGGUUCAUUGAAAUGGUUGAAAGAAAAGUAUUCAAUCCCAAAUAUGAUGGUGAUUAUCUGCAUAAGAAGAUUAAGGAUAUAACUGGAGAGAAAAGGCUUCAUGAGACUUUAACCAAUGUAAUCAUUCCAUCCUUUGAUAUCAAGCUUCUCCAACCUGUUAUCUUUUCCACCUUGAAGGCAAAACGUGAUGAUUCAGAAGAUCUUUUGCUAACAGAUAUCUGCAUUGGCACAUCAGCAGCACCUUACUACUUCCCUCCAUAUUAUUUCGAAAACAAAUCAUCCAAAGGCACUAAGAGAUUUAACCUCAUUGAUGGUGGUGUGGCAGCCAAUAACCCUACAUUGCUCGCAAUUCGUGAGGUGAUGAAGGAGAUGUCUCUAGACGAAAAUUCAUGUUUUGACAUCAUGGAUCACAGCAAGCUUCUCAUUCUCUCUCUCGGAACAGGCUCAUCGAAGCAGUGUGAAAAGUUUGAGGUUGGAGAUGGCAAAACCUGGGGUCUAUAUAAAUGGUUCAAGGGACCAAAGGGUACCACACCCUUAAUGGAUGUUGUCUUGACUGCAAUGGAUGACAUGGUUGAUAUCUACAUGUCUGUUUUCUUUGGAGCCUCUUCAAUUAAGGACAACUAUCUCAGAGUCCAGGUGGAUAGCUUGAAAUACACUGAAGCAUCAACAGACAACUCAAAGCAAGAAAAUCUAGAAAAUCUGGUGAAGAUUGGUAAUGAGCUUUUGAAGAAACCUGUUGCUAAUGUCAACCUGGAAACUGGUGUGUGUGAACCAACUCAAGACAAACGCACAUAUGAAGAGGAGCUUAUCAAGUUCGCCAAAAGGCUGUCGUUUGAAAGGAGGUGUCGCCUUGGCAUGGGUUGUUUGUUGCAAUAAUUGAAAUGUAUACUCAUGUUUGACGAUGCUUAUUGCUGUUGUCUUUAGUCAAAUUAGAAAAUACUCAGGGUGAUUUCUUAUAAGAUUCUUUGUUCAUCGUCCUCGAAACAGAAAUCAACAAAUAAUUUAGCAAUGCAGUAGAAAUGCUCUUAAUUU